UCAUGUCGGCGGCGCAGGUGUCCUCGUCCCGGAGACAAUCUUGCUACCUGUGCGACCUGCCCCGCAUGCCCUGGGCCAUGAUCUGGGACUUCUCGGAACCCGUAUGCCGCGGUUGCGUCAACUACGAGGGCGCCGAUCGCAUCGAGUUCGUGAUCGAGACCGCGCGCCAGCUGAAGCGGGCGCACGGCUGCUUUCAGGACGGCCGCUCCCCCGGGCCGCCGCCGCCCGUCGGGGUCAAGACGGUGGCCCUGUCGGCUAAAGAGGCGGCGGCGGCGGCAGCGGCGGCAGCUGCCGCCGCACAGCAACAGCAGCAGCAGCAACAGCAGCAGCAACAGCAGCAGCAGCAGCAACAGCAACAACAGCUCAACCACGUCGAUGGUUCCAGCAAGCCUGCGGUGCUGGCGGCCCCGUCCGGCCUGGAGCGCUAUGGCCUGAGCGCUGCCGCCGCCGCCGCCGCUGCCGCCGCCGCCGCGGUGGAGCAGCGCAGCCGCUUCGAGUAUCCUCCACCGCCGGUGAGCCUGGGAAGCAGCAGCCACGCCGCGCGGCUGCCCAACGGCCUGGGGGGCCCAAAUGGUUUCCCCAAGCCAACACCGGAGGAGGGACCCCCAGAGCUGAACCGCCAGAGCCCCAACUCCUCUUCAGCCGCGGCGUCGGUGGCGUCUCGGCGCGGGACGCACGGUGGGCUAGUGACGGGGCUGCCCAACCCGGGGGGCGGUGGAGGCCCCCAGCUCACGGUGCCCCCCAACCUGCUGCCGCAGACGCUGCUUAAUGGCCCGGCCAGUGCCGCCGUGCUGCCCCCACCGCCGCCGCACGGCCUGGGCAGCCGUGGGCCCCCGACGCCCGCGCCCCCAGGGGCGCCCGGGGGCCCCGCUUGUCUGGGGGGCGCCCCAGGCGUAUCAGCCGCGUCGUCCUCAGCGUCGUCUUCCACCUCGUCGUCAGUGGCCGAGGUGGGUGUAGGUGCUGGCGGCAAAAGGCCCGGCUCGGUAUCGAGUACAGACCAGGAGCGCGAGCUGAAGGAGAAGCAGCGGAACGCCGAGGCCCUGGCUGAGCUGAGCGAGAGCCUGCGCAACCGCGCGGAGGAGUGGGCCAACAAGCCUAAGAUGGUCCGCGACACGCUGCUCACGCUGGCUGGCUGUACGCCCUACGAGGUGCGUUUCAAGAAGGACCACUCUCUGCUGGGCCGCGUCUUUGCCUUCGAUGCUGUCUCCAAGCCGGGCAUGGACUACGAGUUGAAGCUGUUCAUCGAGUACCCCACGGGCUCAGGCAACGUGUACUCCAGCGCAUCUGGUGUGGCCAAGCAGAUGUACCAGGACUGUAUGAAGGACUUCGGCCGGGGUCUCUCCUCCGGCUUCAAGUAUCUGGAGUACGAAAAAAAGCACGGCUCCGGGGACUGGCGCCUACUUGGAGACCUGCUGCCUGAGGCCGUGCGCUUCUUCAAGGAGGGCGUGCCCGGCGCCGACAUGCUGCCCCAGCCCUACCUGGACGCCAGCUGCCCCAUGCUGCCCACGGCGCUGGUGAGUCUAAGCCGCGCCCCCAGCGCGCCCCCGGGCACCGGGGCCCUGCCGCCUGCCGCCCCUUCGGGUCGGGGCACAGCUGCCAGUCUUCGCAAGAGGAAGGCGUCCCCUGAGCCCCCGGAUUCCGCCGAGGGCGCCCUGAAGCUGGGCGAGGAGCAGCAGAGGCAGCAGUGGAUGGCGAACCAGAGCGAGGCACUAAAGCUCACCAUGACGGCCGGGGGCUUUGCGGCGCCCGGGCAUGCCGCCGGAGGGCCGCCCCCACCGCCUCCGCCCCUGGGACCCCAUUCCAACCGGACCACCCCGCCCGAGUCAGCCCCCCAGAACGGCCCUUCCCCCAUGGCCGCCCUCAUGUCGGUGGCAGACACUCUGGGCACUGCGCACUCGCCCAAGGACGGCAGCUCCGUGCACUCCACCACUGCGUCCGCGCGGCGCAACAGCAGCAGCCCGGUGUCACCGGCCUCGGUGCCCGGGCAGCGCCGCUUGGCAUCACGGAACGGGGACCUGAAUUUACAGGUGGCGCCCCCGCCUCCUAGCACCCACCCGGGCAUGGACCAAGUGCACCCCCAAAACAUUCCGGAUUCCCCUAUGGCCAACAGCGGGCCCCUCUGCUGUACCAUUUGCCACGAACGUUUGGAGGACACGCAUUUCGUUCAGUGCCCAUCCGUCCCCAGCCACAAAUUCUGUUUCCCUUGCUCUAGAGAGAGUAUCAAGGCCCAGGGGGCCACCGGCGAGGUGUACUGCCCCAGCGGAGAGAAAUGCCCCCUGGUUGGGUCGAAUGUACCUUGGGCCUUCAUGCAGGGUGAAAUCGCGACGAUCUUAGCUGGAGAUGUUAAAGUGAAAAAGGAGAGAGACCCUUGAACCACAAGACAGCCACCUCCUUUGCCCCUGACCGGCUCCUCUCCGAUCCAGAGGGCCCCUCCCCCACCCCCCUCCCCCCUCCCUUCCCUCACCCCCAAGAUGUAGAAUUGUGAAUAUAACAAACUGCAAAAAGUUAGUCUUAUGUAUAGACAUUAUUUUCGUCGUAUGUUUCUAUAUUUUGAAACAAAAGGUAUGUAACUUCUUCAUUUGAAGGAUAAGCUGGUUUGUGUUAAGCAGUAUAAUAUUGGUUGGGUCAUUUGCAUCAUUUCGUUAGCAUUUAUUUGGUGGCAGAGUGUUUGCCUAGGUACCGAAUUAAUAGCCCUUAGCAACGACUGCUGCUGGUGUGUAUUUUUGUAAAUGUUAUGCACUCUCUGAAAGGAAAAAAAAAACACAAAAGAAAAUGACUUUUUGUUUUGUUUUGCCAAGGCCAGUGUUUCUGCCUUAAAAAAAAAAAGAAACAAAAAAAAAGCUAUAAAAUGGUGAAAGCUUCUUUCUAAACAGCCCCAAGUGUUGAAGUCUUCACUUUAUUUUGUUGGUUUUGUUCCGUUUUGUUUUGUUACUCUGUUUUGUUUGCAAAAUGGUAAGGGGGAGGUGUUGGGGGGGGAUGGGGUGUUUUUUGUUCCAAGUUUGUGAGGGAAAAUGUUUUGGUUUGUUUCUACUGACCUGGAUGUGUUGGAUCUUCACGUGUUGUUUUGUUUUUGUUUUAUUGAUGCACGGAUGCUUUUGAACAGUAGAGCGAAAUGCUAGACAUGGGGAGUCUGCUCUGUUUGUCCUUUAUACAUUUCUGUAGUUAACAGAACACUGUAAUGUGCCUUGGAGCUUAGUAACUUGUAAUAAAUUCAAUUGAUAUUAAUUCUG